CGCGUUAUUUCGCAAAGUGGCUUGGUAGCAACAACAUGGCUGUCACACUAUCGGAAUCAAUCGUCAAAAAUAUUUCAACCUUGCCCAAAGAUGAGGGGAAGGAGUUUCUAGCAAAACAGCUGGGGCUAAAAUGUCUACAAGAUGAUGAGAACCUGAGAAAUGCCAUUUACACAGACUUUCUGUAUGACAACUUAAUAUAUGCUGUAGAGAAAGGCUUUACCUGGAAACAAGUCUGCACAGUGGUGACAUUUUGUGAUGGAAUUCUUAAAGAUUCAGAAGGGAAGGACCUGACAGAGUCUCUUCAAUUUCUCAAACUUCAGUCCUUUGAGCUGGCAGAUAUACUCGGGGAGAGAAACUUUCCCAUCUAUAUGGACUAUGUAUUCCUGACCUUUUUAAGACAUUUCAAACUGUUCAAAUAUGUGUUUUCAAAAAACAGAGAUAUUUUAAAGCCAAAUGUUGCCAUGACAAUUGAGACCCCUGUGGAUCCCGGUGACAUGAAGACAAGCAAGCCUGAGGCAGUGUGGGAGUACGAAAAACGAUACGAGGACAUCCAGAGGACGGAGGCGGAGCAGGCCAAUAAACGACUGGAGGAGCGGGCCAAGACAAUAGAGGCCGCGGAGAAACAAACCAAGGAAAGGAUUGACAAAGUCAGCCAUGUCCAGACCCCACUCACUAAAGAGAAAGUGAGCGAAUUAAUUGGAGAAGUCAUCGGCUCCUACACAUCACUGCUUGUAGAGAAGGUCAAAUGCAACAUCAAAGACGUGCAGGAAGACCUGGAAUUCAAACUCGAGAGAACCAGUUUACCCCGCCCUCAGGCACUCGGACCUCCACCACGAUUUAACCUGAAACCAAAGACCCCCGUACCUACCCCCAAGAAGACUCCUCCAAAAAGUCCGAAAAAUGGACGCAAAAAAUCUGGAAAUUCGCGUCCAAGAAGUCGAAACAAGUGAUCAAUUUACAUGAAAAACUCAGUGAUAAAACUGUACAUUAAUGUCCGUACCUGGGCAUCUUCUUGUGAAUUAUAAUUUCCUCACAUGCUAACAUACAUU